AGCAGGUACCUCAGGAGUAUUGAGAUAGUCAUUCGGCGGUCCUUUUCAUAGAAAAGUGCAAUUGCGUCCACAGACGCCCCGGUCUAUAUUGCCCUGCAGCAUCCAAUUUUAAACCCAGAAAAACACUACAGCCUUUCACUCGAGUGACGUAAAUAGACAGGGAUCUGCUGCGAAGGAGGCCGCGCGCGAUGUCUCCCCCUCCCUCCUCUACUGUCAGCAAGAAGCCUGAUUGGUCCAGGCCUGGAAAAGAGAGUUCGAGAAUCCAGAAUGUGCAGGCCGCGACGUCCCUACUGUGGGAAAAAAUAGCAAAACAGGCUGUGACUAAACUAAGAAAGACGAAAACCUUCCCAGAACAGAAAAGAAAAUUCAAAAACAGGUUAGUUUAUUCCAGGACACAAGAAGAACCUUAUUUUUUAACCAUUUUAUGUUUUUGCCAGGACGUUGGAAUCAAAUGUGAAGCUUUAGGAAAUAAAAGACAAUGGACCAAGGUGGUGGGGUCUUGGAGCUACACUCGCAGGAUCUGAAAAUGCCCCACACUAUGAUAAUGCAAGACUUUGUGGCGGGUAUGGGGGGCAUGGCCCACAUCGACGGAGACCACAUCGUGGUGUCGGUGCCCGAGGCCGUGCUGGUGUCGGACGUGGUGACGGAUGAGGGCAUCACGCUGGAGCACGGGCUGGAGGCGGAGGUGGUGGAGGGCCCGGACGUGGGCCAGGAGGACGUGGUGACCUCCGAGGGCGUGAUGGUGCCGGAGUCGGUGCUGGGGGCGGAGGUGGCCAUCGAGGAGGCGCUGGGCGGCGACCACCACGUGCUGACGGCCGACCUGAUGGGCGAGUCGGACCAGGUGUUUGUGGCCGACCUGCUCUCUCACCAGCAGGAGGGCCACCUGGAGCACGAGAUGGUGGCCGAGGAGGUGAUGGUGGCCAACGCCGACGGGGACGCGGUCAUCCAGACGCACGAGGGCAUGCCCACCUCCACCGUCACGCUGAAGACUGGCGAGGAUGAGGACGGCAAGAGCACCUCCGAGGACUACCUGAUGAUCUCCUUGGAUGAUGUUGGCGAGAAGCUGGACAUCGGCAGCACCCCGCUGAAGAUCAGCACGGAGGUGACUCAGGGCGACUGCUCCAAGGAGGGCGGCUACGGCUCAGAGGUCAUCAAGGUGUACAUCUUCAAGGCGGAGGCCGAUGACGAUGUGGAGAUAGGCGGGACGGAGGUGGUGACGGAGAGUGACUUCCACAACGGUCACGCGGUGCUGGAGACGGGGAACGUGGGAAGGCUGUCCCGGGAGAAGAUGGUGUACAUGGCCGUGAAGGACUCGUGCCAGGGGGACGAGGACAUCGACUGCGCGGAGAUAGCAGACGAGGUGUACAUGGAGGUGAUCGUGGGGGAGGAGGAGGCGCCGCCCGCCAUUCAGGAGUCUCAGCUGGAGGAUCCCGCCGUGAACAAGACCUUUGUGCCUGUGGCCUGGGCGGCCGCGUACGGGAACAACCUGGACAGCCGGUUGGAGAAUAAGAACGGCACCGCCACCCAGUACCUGCAGAUCAGCGACAGCCUGAGCACCAGCAGGGCCCUCAAGCAGAAGGCCAGGAAGAAGAAGAAGGGCGAGACGCGGCAGUGCCAAACGGCUGUGAUAAUUGGGCCGGACGGGCAGCCCCUGACGGUCUACCCGUGCCACAUCUGCGGGAAGAAGUUCAAGUCGCGGGGCUUCCUGAAGCGCCACAUGAAGAACCACCCAGACCACAUGUUCAAGAAGAAGUACCAGUGCACCGACUGCGACUUCACCACCAACAAGAAGGUGAGCUUCCACAACCACCUGGAGGGCCACAAGCUCAUCAUCAAGAGCGAGAAGGUCCCGGAGUUCACCGAGUACACGCGGCGCUACCGCGAGGCCAGCCCGCUCAGCUCCAACAAGCUCAUCCUGCGCGACAAGGAGCCCAAGCUGCACAAGUGCAAGUACUGCGACUACGAGACGGCCGAGCAGGGCCUGCUCAACCGCCACCUGCUGGCCGUGCACAGCAAGAACUUCGCCCACGUGUGCGUGGAGUGCGCCAAGGGCUUCCGCCACCCAUCGGAGCUGAAGAAGCACAUGCGCACGCACACGGGCGAGAAGCCCUACCAGUGCCAGCACUGCGAGUUCCGCUGCGCCGACCAGUCCAACCUAAAGACUCACAUCAAGAGCAAGCACGGCACCGAGCUGCCCUUCAAGUGCGGCCACUGCCCGCAGGCCUUCGCCGACGAGCGCGAGCUGCAGAAGCACAUGGAGAUCUUCCAGGGCCACAAGACGCACCAGUGCCCGCACUGCGAGCACAAGAGCACCAACUCCAGCGACCUGAAGCGCCACGUCAUCUCGGUGCACACCAAGGACUUCCCGCACAAGUGCGAGGUGUGCGAGAAGGGCUUCCACCGGCCCUCGGAGCUCAAGAAGCACUCGGAGACCCACAAGGGCAACAAGGUGCACCAGUGCCGGCACUGCGACUUCAAGAUCUCGGACCCGUUCACGCUCAGCCGCCACAUCCUGUCGGUCCACACCAAGGACCUGCCCUUCAAGUGCAAGCGCUGCAGGCGGGGCUUCCGGCACCAGAUCGAACUGAAGAAGCACAUGAAGACUCACAGCGGCCGAAAGGUCUACCAGUGCCAGUACUGUGAGUACAACACUACGGACGCCUCAGGUUUCAAGCGCCACGUCAUCUCCAUACACACCAAGGACUACCCGCACCGCUGCGACUACUGCAAGAAGGGCUUCCGCCGGCCCUCGGAAAAGAACCAGCACAUAAUGCGCCACCACAAAGACACCUUGAUGUAACGUCGCAGGACGGGGAGAGGGAACGUACCAUUCGGAGGGUUAAAUGAUGUUCGACUCGACUGUUCUCCUUUCCAGUGCUCAUCCCCUACCCUCUGUGAAACGAGUCUUAAAGAAUUGAUGCUAGCAGUGAAAAGUACUAGACUGAGCAUGCUGGGUGUGGUUUUGAGAGGAGAGGAACGGGGUAUUGGGUGAGCAGUGGAGGGGAACGGCAUCACUCCAUGCUAUAUGUAAUUAUUUUCUCCUUGAUUUGUUGCAAAACCUGUCAACAUUCAGGGUUUUUUUGUUUUUGUUUUAGUAACCCACUUUGGUUAAAUGCUGCAAGCAAAUAAUGUUCUCAGUGUUGGGAGAGAUGAGGCUUACGGAACAUCUCGUACUAUCAAACCGAAAUCCUCUGUGUGGCUUUUCCAUCUUUAAACUACCCGAAUGUGGUGCGCUUCAUCCUCAGUGAAUAACAUGUAUAUCCUUUUCACCAAAUAUCAAGCCUUUGUCAUUUGUUUUUGCUGAUCAUUUCCUUUAAACCCAAUCUGGGCAAUUUCAUUAAUUUGAGCUGUAGCCCAUUGAUGUUGCAAAACUUGGAAAAUGUUUACAUAUUCACCAUGCCCUGAUGUAGCUACAGCUGCAGGAAAAAAAAAAAAAAAAAAUCAGAUCACUAGAUUUUAGGCUUCUAUGUUCUAUGAACACGUAAUUGAAUUGUGUCGAAUGUUCUGUUAUCUUAAGUAUCCAACAGUCAAACUGGAAAAAUGAUCAAAUUGGUAAUUUCAGUCCUAAGGGUCAUGAAGUUGAAUUGUGACUCACCUUGUGAUUCCCACUAUUUGAGUGUAUACAUGGUUACACAUAACUACCUGACAGAUAUACAUGCGCACCCAUAUAGUCAAAUACUUCUGCUCACAAGCUCACAAUCAUGCCUUACUUGUAAUUGUAAUUUCAUGCACUGUAUUUAGUAAAAUGUAAUCAAAUUGAUUUAAUUUGUAAAAAGUCUCUGUGAUGUAUAAGUAAGUUGAGUGAUUCUCUGAAACUUUGUGUAUAUUUUAGUAAAGUGAACUCGUUUUCCAAGUUCUCAAACAGAAACAGGAAAUGGGUAUUUUCAAGUUUGUGUUCCCUAGCCAAUGCAUUGUCUGAUCGUGGGACAUGGAGUUGGAACUGUCUGUUCAUUUUCACCUCACUUGCACAGUCUUGGUUCUUUCCCUUGCAGUAAUACUCCAGUUAUAAAUCUGAACGAAGCCUUACCACAAGUAAAUGUUUAGCGCAGAGGUGACCUCCCCCCCCCCCCUUUGUGAGAUUGAGUGGGACUGCGUGGGGGUGGUUGUGCCUUUGUCUUUUUGUUUGUCACACAUUGAGCACUGAUCUGAAAAUCAUCGGUCUGCUCGCCUAAAAGUAUCCUGUGUCCUGUCUUGGCCCUCAGCUCUAAAUUUGGCUGUGCUAAGUGCAUCCUAUAGCUCACAGCCAAUCGAUUUGUACCAUUUCAGGUGGACUGCCCCCUCCCCCUUCCCUUUUCCUGUUCCUAAGGCACCUUGUUAUGUUGUAUACAAAUGGGUCUAAAACAAAGGUUUUUGAUCCCCUGAAAUGUUAGUGCACCCAGAAUAUAGUAGCCUAAAUAUAGACUUCAGGUAUCACAGAAAGUGGUGUGCUGGCUUAUUAAAAUGCAUUAUAUUGCCCUCUGUAUUCUGUAACUGCUGUACAUUAAACAAACUGAUGACCGUGGACCUUGUUUUCCCACGACAAAGCGGUCACAUGAUCCAAUGUAUGCUUUUUAAAUAUUUCUGUUUUUAUUUUAUUUUUUGAUGUUGGUUGGUGGAUUAACAGUAAGGGGGAACAAAAAUAAAUAUAAUUUUUUUUAAGGACA